AUGAACAAGCUGAUCUUGCCGGUGCUGUUUGCGCUGCUCUGUCAGGUGUAUACAGUUCCCUUACACACUGAAGAAGACGAGUAUCUUUUCAACUCAUGGAUAUCUCAGUUUUGGGCACUGUAUUCUGUACCACCACACCAGCGACUGCACAUAUUUGUUGAAAACAAAAAGAUUGAUCACCAUAAUGCUGGGAAUCACAGGUUUUCAAUGGGAAUGAACAAGUUUUCAGACAUGACCUUUGCUGAAUUCUACUUCCUGACAGAACCUCAUAGCUGCUCAGCCACCAGAGGGAAUCAUGUGAGCAGCAAUGGGCCCUACCCAGAUAAGGUUGACUGGAGAAUGAAGGGAAACUAUGUGACUGAUGUUAAGGAUCACGGCACUUGUGGUAGUUGCUGGACUUUUUCCACCACAGGCUGUCUGGAGUCUGUCACUGCCAUUGCCACAUGGAAACUUCAGCAACUGGUAACUGAAUGA